CAAGAAACUCACCGUCAGUAGGAAAAUUAAUCCCAUAGCUGCAAUAUGGCCCGUCUUGAUCCUUUUUCUCACUCUAUUUCCAAUCGGAAUGCUAAGCUGGAGAAGAAAACCCUUCGUGAUUUUGAGGCAGAAGAAAACGCGCGGAAGAAGGCACACAACCGGGAAAGGGAUCGGAAAUUGAAGGAGCGGGCGGUUGUUACGCGUCUGGGGAAGCUUUCAAAUAAUGCAGUACGGACGAGCAAGCAGAAAACUCCAAGAGAAUCUAAUGUCGAAAGUGACGGGUCUUCUAGUCAAGAGGAUAAGGUUCUUGAGGAUAACACGUUGGAGGUGCGAAUGCGCCGCGCAAUGGAGGACGCUGCUGCCGAAAUGGAUGAUGGAGAUGACCAGAAUGGCGACGGCGAGCUAGAAAAUCUGACUGAUGGAGGAUCAGUUAACAGUGGAAUAGAUGAAGAGAUGGCAGAGUUCGAUGCUGAAAGCGGACUAGAAGAGGAUGAGGAGAUGACGAGUGGCAGUGAUGACGAAUCAGGAGACGAAGACCAGCCUCCGUUAACGAAGUCAUCGGCCAAAGGGAAAUACCUGGAAGAUACGCUUUUCACGUCUGCAUUUGCUUCGCAAAGUGCGCACGCGAUGGCAGAUACUACUGCAACCAAGUCACUACAAAAAGUGCAACCAUCGAGAAGACGGCAGCGACGGCCACUCGCACGCGCCAAAGACCUUCUUGUCGGAACUCGUACUAUCCGUACCCUACCCGAUUCACUUGCAUCCAAGGUUCAUUCAACAGCUCACACCAUCCCAUCACAAAAAAUACGCAAAUUUAUCAAUCAAAGCCUUGCUAUUAAAGGUCGGCUGGCGUCCGCUAAAGCAAAAGCACGAGGAUGGGAGAGACGGCCAGCGAAUAUCGGCGUAAUGAAAUGGACUGGAGCACCUUCUGGUUUUGUUCGCGACAAGCAAUAAUAAGUUGCGUCUACUAGUUGCCACGAUUAAACCCAAAGACGAAUUCCGGAUGGUGAUGGCACCUGUUGCAUUCAGGAAUCACUGAUGAAGAUAGAUAUCCGACUGUUCGUCCUGAGAUGAAAGACGUUGGCUAAGUCAUGGUGACCUCUUACCACACAUUCGCAAUGACCGUUAUACCCCGGAGAUUUCAUAUGAACGCGUCAGGUACAAACCUAGCUGUUUCGGCAAAUUCGUGGAAAUUCAGAAUACAUUGAACUGAUGGUCGUCCACUUUCAACUGAUGACCCAAUGUGGUGUAGUACUAUAGUAGCUAUAGCAUGGAGGAUGGACGUCGAUGGACAUCGAAGAGCGUAUUCUAGCACUGAAAUUUCUCACUUGCAAUGUCGUCGGCUCAACUGGUCAAGCUUAAGCUUUCAAGCGACUAGCUGUGCUUAAGCGCUUAUAAAUAUCUAGAGCUGUAGUAGUACCACGUGCAGUACCGUUGUUUCAAGCGA